AGGUGGGGCGGUGGCCCGGGCGCGGCGCAUCCAGCCCCGGGGUUGGGGCGGUGCUGCCCUCGGCCAGGCGGGAGCGGCUGCGGCGGGUGCCGGGAGCGGCUGUCAGGCAGCGAGCGGCGCUUGCGGGGCGGGCAGCCAUGCGGCGGUGGAGGCUCCUUCCCUUGGCGGUGCUUCUCGCUCUCCUGGUCCCCGUCAGAGGCAAUUUUGAUGACUUCAGCUUAGAAGAUGCAAUUGAAACUACGAAGAAACCUCCUCCAUUGAAGCCUCUUCCAUCAAAGAAGCCUCUUCCAUCAAAAAAGCCGCCACCAUCAUCAGAUUUCAAUGAUUUAAACUUGGAAGAUGGUCUUCAGCCUGAUGACCCCAAGCCAGGUCCACCUGCAAAUCCUAGAGACACUGAUAACCCCAAGCAAGGUCCACCUGUACAUCCUAAAGACACUGGCAACCUUGAUGAUUCAGAUCUAUACGAUGGCAGUUUACCAAAAGGAGGCGGCGACGGUAGUGGCAGCAAUGAACGGAAAGGCCCAAGUCCAAAGAGUGGUGAAGAAGCUGAGGGUUCUCAGGGAGCAAUAGCUGGAAUUGUGAGUGCUGUGCUUGCUACUGUGAUUGGAGCAGUGUCUAGUUUCAUUGCUUACCAGAAGAAGAAACUCUGUUUCAAACAAAGCGCAGAUGAAGAGAAUGUGAAUAUGGAAAGCCAUCGAGGAGCACAAUCUGAGCCACCUGUGCAGCGCACACUUCUGGAGAACUAAAAGAAAACAUGGUGAAGAACAGAUCACUGAAACUGGAUACAGAGUCUGCGUUCUGCCUGAAAGAAAAAAAAAAAAGGAAACAAAAAAGCAUAAUGUAAACAACAGAGUCUAAAGUUGCAUGAGGAAACACUUCUUGUUUGCUAAACACCUCUGGGAGUGUGACUUAGACCUAAGUACUUCUGUAUGGUUAGCCCUGUGAAGCAUUGUUGCACACCAAUAUAUGGCCUUAAUGACAGGAGUGUAGAAGUAUGUUGUGCCUUUACAUUCUUUCCUUUACUCCUGUGACAAAUGGGUGUGUCUCAAGCGCAUUCAGUAUGUUCAACUUUUUCUUACCUCUCCAAAACCAAUAAGCAAUUAAUAUUUUGUUAUGCCUUUGCUUUCAGGCAGUGCAAACAUUUUUUUUAAUAUCCUGUAUGCAGUGAGCGUACCAACCAAACAACUUGGUGUGUGUUGUGGGCACCUGAAAGCAAAUGGCUCACUGGUAUGGGUAAUGGAUCUGGGUGUGGGUGCUGCUGAUACAAUCUGUGUAGCUGCCUGGGUCAGCCACCAGGGAAGGGAUACUUGUUCUUGAGCAUCCAAGAGACAAAAAUUCAGUCUUGUUUUUGCAUUUUUUUUCAUUGCAUCUGUCUGGUACAGAUUCAGAACACCCAAACUAAUGUACACAGAACCUUCAACCUUUCUGGUGCUUCCUGCUUAGCAAGUACGGAGCUGGUCAGAUGUGGAAAAGCCUGAUUUGCAAAUCAGAACCAUAAUUGGAUUUUGUACAUCUGGUGAGAUUGAUGUUUGGCAGCUGCCUAAACAAUAGAUGAAGUAUUGGGGUGUGGAAAUUAACAUCUUCAGGCUUCCAUAACCAAAAAUUUAACAGAAAACUGUUGAAUUCAGAAGGCUUGCCAUACACACUUAAAAGACAGAACCAGUACUACAAUUCUAAAGUACAGAAUAGCAAGACUGACUGGAACAACCCAGCCUCACUCCACAAGCAUUCAUUGAACAUUAUAAAUAGCAUAUGUAUGAAGAAUGCUUUUGGGCUUGUGAAGAAUUUCCAUCGGGAUAAGGACCUAUGAUUGCAUCCUCAGCUGAAAGCACUUGUGAGCUUUGCUCUUGAAAGCCACAGGAGGGUUUCAAGUAUCUGUGGAAACAUGGAAAAUUGCAACUCCUAACAGUUAAGGGACUAAGUCUGGAAUAAUAACUAGUUCUGUCUAGAAGGAAUAGUCUGACCAGUUCUGUUGACUUUCAUUCUAAUUGUUUCCAAUUUUCAUGCCAUUUUACAGUAUGUGUCUUACUAAUGUGCUUCAGCCACCUGGUUCUACAGAAAUAUGAUAUUUCAUGGAACAUCUUAGAAAUCAUUAUAAAUUUGGAUAUUAAACAUGUAAAUAUAUCUGUACAUUCAAAUAUGAAUGUAUGCCAAGGAUAAUUCAUUUAAGAAUUUCUUGUAUAUGUUUCUUAGCUUGCAACAAAGCUUUACACAGAUUUUAGUAUUUUGUAUUGGAAUUAAUUUGUAGACCUCGUUUUGCCCUACUACUUUUAGUAUAAAAGUGCUAAAACCUUUAAGUGUGUUUAAGGGUGGAAAAGUGAUUUUUUUAUAUAAACAUUUGAUCUGUGUAAAUACAAAAUGAAAUGUACUGCUUAUCUGUGUGAAUAAACAGGUAUAAUAAAUGCCAAGUGUAGAGAAAACAGAAAUAAGCCAGUGUUUGUUAGGGAUAGAAUGGCGGGGGAAGUUCAAACUAGUUUUUAGCUAACCAGACUCUUGAAUCCUUCUUCAGCUUUUGCAAGCCUAAGAUUUACUUACUAAAACCUCUAUGAACAUUGUGAUUUUUUUUCUAAAAAUAAACUUAAAAAAAAAGAAAAAGAAA